AUGUGGUGGACUGGAAGAGUGAUUGGUGAUGAAGAUAGUGAUGGUGAUGGUGGUGAUGGUGAUGGUGAUGGUGGUGAUGGUGAUGGUGAUGGUGGUGAUGGUGAUGGUGAUGGUGGUGGUGAUGGCGAUGGUGAUGGUGAUGCUAAUGGUGAUGGUGAUGCUGGUGGUGGUGGUGAUGGCGGAGCCGUCGCAGCUCGGUAA